AUGGCUUCAUCAAGCCCAUCAAUUUCUUUGCCAAUGGUGAGCGCCUUUGAGCCCGCUGUACACUGGCGGACUAAUAAUUAUCCAGCUCUCCAAAAGACAGGCGCUGUAGACUACGCUUUUAGGGAGCACGUCGCUGGUAUUAUCAUAGCUCAUGCAGCUCAUGGCCUGUCGGUACUAGUCCUCUAUUGUCUGGGGUGUGCCAUUUUUUCCGGAAGAAAGGGUCGCAUGCUCGCGUUCAUCGCAGCGUGCUUACAUAUAUUCUCACCUGCAGGACUUUUCCUUUCAGCUCCGUACGGGGAGAGUACCUACGCACUCUUGAGCUUCACUGGCUACUUUCUCUUCGUUCAGAGCUUCAGCCCAUCGGGGGCUUCUACCAGUCUCAAAGAUGCUCUUAUUCCGCUAGCUGGUAUCCUGUGCGGAUUAGCUACGACGGUUCGCAGCAAUGGGAUCCUCAACGGCCUUCUCUUCCUCGAGGAAGCAAUCCGAGCGCUGUAUUCCUUGACCGGGGCUAUAACCUUCGCGAAAUUUCGCCGGCUACUCGCCGUUGGCGUGGCUGGUAUCUGCACCGCUCUUGGUUUUGUGGUCCCGCAAUACAUCGCUUACCGGGAUUUCUGCAUCAAUUACCCCUUUACGGGCCAUGAUGAACCAAGGAUAUGGUGUCGUAGGACCCUUCCGAGUAUCUCCAGCUUCGUCCAGGACCAUUAUUGGAACAAUGGUUUUCUUCGGUAUUGGACUGUGUCCAAUAUCCCCCUGUUCGCCUUGGCCAGUCCAAUGCUGGCAAUCAUGACUUAUUCUGCCCUUUGGACUCUCAACGUUGAAUCAGGCAGGCUGACAGGAGCAGGCCGCCUGUUGCGUAGCCUGGCGGCUCCCCAGCUCAUCCUGGCUGCCUUGACAUUUUCAAAACAUCAUGUUCAGAUCAUUACCCGCAUGUCUUCGGGCUAUCCCGUGUGGUAUUUCUAA